CAUUCGGCCCGCGCGCUCAGUGGAAGGAGGUAACUCGCUCUGAAACGAUAGCAGUACGCGGCGCUCGCGCAUCCCGGCUUUAGAGCUGGUAAAUGACGUUGUUCGACGGCCGUGAUGAAAAUCUUGAUUUCUGUUUAAACCACCACCGUAAGCACAAAGAGUCCGAGAACUUUUAGAACUCAAAUUGUCAACGAAUCGCAUCAAAAUGGUCAGUGGUAAUAAAAAUCCGAGCGACCCCAUGAAAGUUCCACCGAAGAAUCGUGAGAAGAAAAGCAACAAUUACAAGAGGGCCGGCGUAAUAUCGAAAACAUGGUUUAUGUGGAUGAUGCCGACGUUCUGGCGCGGCUACAAGCGGGACUUGUACGACGCAGACCUAACGAAGCCAAAAGAAAACCACCUGUCUGAUAAACUAGGGGAUCGGCUGGAGAAAAAAUGGAUCGAAGAAAUUGCUCUGGCGAACAAACAUGGAAGGAAACCAUCGCUUCUCCGCGCGAUGACCAAGACAUUCUGGUUGAGCUAUGCGCCAUCUGGCAUCAUGUUCCUGAUACAAGCUCUUAUCCUCAAGCCAUUCCAGCCAGUUGCCUUGAGCAUGAUGCUGUCAUACUGGGAACCUGGAUCAACCAUGACUUACGAACAAGCAGUCUACUGCGCUGCCGUGGUGAUAUUCAUGUCUCUGCUGAUAGCCUUCCUGAACCACCACGGUACCUACUCCACUCAACAGUUCGGAAUGAAAGUGCGCAUUGCAGCCUGCUCACUUAUUUACAGAAAGGUGUUGCGCAUGAGCUCUGGAGCAUUGGCGGAAACGACAGCAGGUCAAGUAGUAAAUCUGCUGUCGAAUGAUGUUAAUCGGUUUGAUUACGCCUUCAUUUACACUCACUUCAUCUGGCUCCUUCCUCUGCAAGUCAUCAUCGUCUGCUACCUCAUAUAUCUCAAGAUUGGUUAUGCCGCUAUCGUUGGAGUUAUCGGUAUCGUUUUGCAAACCAUCCCAGUUCAAUCAUACAUGAGUAAAAUUGCAGCAAGAUUGAGGAUGAAAACAGCUUGUAGGACUGACGAACGUGUUCGGAUUAUGGACGAAAUCAUUAGUGGCAUGCAGGUUAUAAAAAUGUACGCGUGGGAGAAACCUUUUGAGCACGUAGUGGCAAUGGCGCGCAAAAACGAAAUCAAAUGUAUUACUUCGGCGUCAUAUCUUCGCGGAGUGUACCUUAGUUUUAUGGUGUUUACAGAAAGAUUAACACUUUACAUCACUCUAUUGUCGUACUCGCUAUUCGGAUUUCAAGUAACUGCGGACAUUGUAUUUCCUCUGGCGCAAUUCUUCAAUACACUCCAGGGUACUCUAUCGAUAAUUAUGUCGAAUGCUGUAUCAUUUUUAGCUGAAGCGCUGAUAUCAGUACAACGUCUCGAGGCGUUCAUGCUUAUGGAUGAAAGGGAGGAUUUACGAAGUGUCGCUGAUGUAGACAUCGCGAAAUUGGUGCAAAGAGUUGAAAAAAAGAAGGCGAAAAAUCUGGGUGAACUGGAUCUAUGUCCCAAUACCUUCAAAACAAUUGACGAGGAAGGCAUUUACAACCCUGGUUUUGAAUGUACCGAGAAAGGGUUAAUGUCACAAGCAUUGUGUACCAUUCCCGCACAUCCAGAUGUCGGCGUGAACAUCCAGGACGUGUCUGCCCACUGGAUAGAAAACGGACCGAUCACUCUGAGAAACAUCAACUUAACGAUACCCAAGGGGAAGCUGUGUGCAAUCAUUGGGUCCGUCGGAUCUGGCAAGAGCUCAAUUCUACAUCUGCUGUUGAAUGAACUUCGCUCGAAACGUGGACGAGUUUAUCUUUCUGGGCCGUUGUCGUACGCCUGCCAAGAGCCAUGGCUAUUCGUUGCGUCUGUUCGACAAAACAUCUUGUUCGGCUUACCCUACAAUCAAAAAAAAUAUAAAGAAGUUGUAAGAGUUUGCGCGCUGCAAAAAGAUUUCCAACAAUUCCCUCACGGAGACCAAACUCUUGUGGGUGAGAGAGGUGCUUCUCUAUCGGGAGGUCAACGAGCUCGUAUAAAUCUCGCAAGAGCAGUAUACAGACAAGCCGACAUUUACCUCCUGGACGAUCCUCUGUCUGCUGUAGACGCUCACGUUGGUCGUCAGCUCUUCGAUGAAUGCAUCAAUGGUUACUUGCGUCACACAACUCGUAUUCUCGUAACUCACCAACUUCAUUACCUCAAAGCUGCUGACUAUAUAGUUAUAAUGAACAAUGGCAUGAUUGAGACAAAGGGAACCUAUACUGAGCUGCUGCAGUCAGGAAAAGACUUUGCUAAAUUAUUAUCCGCUGUACAAGAAGAUGACAAACCUGAAGCAGAAAAACCACCACCAAUGUCCAGGCGUACUUCAGCUAGGCUAUCGACAACUAGGCGUCCUUCAAUAGCGGAAUCCGCUACCGGAUGUGAAGGCCCAGCUCAAGAAAUGGAAGAAGAGGAGAGGGAGUCAGGUUCGAUGGGCUGGCACGUGUACGGAGCGUAUCUGAGAGCUGGAGGGAAAACAGGAAGGCUUGUCUUUAUGGUGUUGAUCCUUGUGAUUGGACAACUAUCUGCCACACUCUGCGAUUACUGGGUUACAUUUUGGACUAAUGAAGUUACCCGACUCAAAGAAAGGGAGACAAAUAGUACAACAAAAGACUACGACACAGUUAUUACACCUACGAAUAGCACAUUUAGCUUCUCAGGAUACUUUUCCGGUAUUGAACUUAAACCAAAUCUGGAUAUCAACGCGCUCAUUGGGCCCUUGGACACGGUGCAAUACCUUUACGUUUACACAGCUUUGAUCAUUUGCUGUAUCUUCUUCAUCACGGCGAGAGCAUUCAUGUUCUUUAAAGUCUGUAUGACGUCAUCUAGGAACUUACAUAACGAUAUGUUCCAUUCCAUGCUUCGUGGAGUGAUGCGAUUUUUCGACUCCAAUUCAUCUGGGCGUAUUCUGAACAGGUUUUCCAAAGACAUCGGAGCCUUGGACGAGCUGUUGCCUCGUUUCCUUCUUGAGUGCAUCCAGAUCUACCUUGUGAUGUUCAGCAUACUGGCAUUGAACGCUGCGGCUCUGAUAUGGACCUUGCUUCCGACCACCAUCAUUCUCCUUCUCUUCUACGCUAUUCUGCAAAUCUAUUUGAAAUCAGCGCAGUCCAUCAAGCGACUAGAAGGAACAACCCGAAGUCCUGUGUUCUCCCAUAUGUCGGCAACACUAAACGGCAUCAGUACCAUUCGAUCCGCUGGUGCUCAACAAAGAUUAAUUAAAGAAUUCGACAGGUUCCAGGACAUUCACACUUCUACUUGGAGUAGUUACCUGGCCAGUGGAGUUACUUUGGGCUUUUGGCUGGACUUUAUAUGUGUUCUGUACUUGACAAUCGUCAUUGUAGCUUUCCUCGUUAUUGACAGCAAAACAAUAUUCUCCGGCAAUGUCGGACUGGCUAUAUCGCAGACUCUCAUUUUAACUGGAAUGCUGCAGUUUGGCGUGCGUCAGACGGCAGAGGUGAUAUCCCAAAUGACUAGCGUUGAACGUAUUCUGCAAUAUACGAACAUUGAACGCGAAUCUCAGUGGGAGAAAGGAACCAUAGAAACACCGAAGGGCUGGCCCUGGAGGGGACAAAUUGAAUUCCGUAACUGCUACAUGAAAUACACCCCGGAAGACCUGCCGAUUUUGAAAAAUUUGAAUUUAGUCCUGGAAAGUGGGUGGAAGGUGGGUAUUGUUGGAAGGACCGGAGCGGGCAAAUCGUCUCUUAUUUCUUCAUUGUUCCGGUUGGCAUUAGUUGAAGGAGAAAUUCUCAUAGACGGUGUUGAUACUGCGAACUUAGCUCUACAGGAACUGCGGUCGAAAAUCUCCAUUAUCCCUCAAGAACCGGUGCUGUUUUCAGCAACGAUUAGAUAUAACUUGGACCCAUUCAACUCAUACGAAGAUGAUCAACUGUGGAAAGCUCUAGAAGCAGUUGACUUGAAGGCGGCGAUACCAGCCUUGGACUUCAAGGUGUCAGAAGGUGGAUCAAACUUUUCACUGGGUCAAAGACAGUUAGUCUGUUUGGCUCGUGCUAUUCUCCGAGGCAACCGCAUCCUUGUUUUGGACGAGGCUACAGCAAAUGUUGAUCCAAAAACCGAUGAAUUUAUCCAAAGAACUAUAAGAAAAAGAUUUAGCGAUUGCACUGUACUGACAGUCGCUCACAGGUUAAAUACCAUAAUGGAUUCAGACCGAGUAAUGGUUAUGGAUGCAGGCAGACUUGUUGAAUUCGAUCAUCCAUACAAUCUACUCAGCAAUCAAGAAAGCUAUUUCUCGAAGAUGGUACAGGAAACCAGUGACAAAAUGUCUGCACAACUGUUUCAAAUUGCUAAGAAAACGUUCCUGGAUACCGGCGGUAUAAUAGAAGAAAAUUAAGUUCAAAUUUAAUUGUAGACUUUGUUAUUGUGGCCUAUGAUGGGGCUCUGUUUUGGAAUGUUGUAAUUAAUAAUAUAACCAAACUGUACUCCAUUAGUUUUAGGAAGCCGGAAAUGUUGUUGCCAUUCUGAUAAAAUAAGUUAUUAACUUUAUGAUUAUACCUACAUUAUUUAAAAUAUAGGACCUUCCCCACGGACGUGUAAAAAAAGAAGGACUCCGCGCCGUGAGAUUAGCAAGUGAAGCACCGUUAUGCUAGUGUGUGUGCGGUUACGGGGAUACUAGUUACACAAUUUUUUCUCCCUUAAAUAAUCAUAUAUGGCCACAAAUACUUAUGUAGUAUCGUUUUUACACUUUUUCACAACGCACGACGACAUUUUUAAAAUAUUUUAUUGAGACGCAAACUGAUCUGUCACAGACGAUGGCAAAUCGCAUAAUGGCCGCCUAUCGGGCUGUAGUAGUGUGUGUGCGUGGGGCUAUGUAUUUACACGUAAAUCGACUUGUUUUGGUGCUACACUUUUAUGUAAGGUGACACGGAGUCCUUAUUUUUUUACUCGUCCGUGGACCUUCCCUUUGUAUUUUGGUAAUAUUUUUAUCAAAAAAUGAUAUCGACUCGCACCUGUUUUAUUAGCUAUAAUAUUUAGGUAUUUAAUGUAGGCAUCUUACAAUUAGAUUGUCAUUCUAAUUGAUAGGUACAUGCGUUUUCAAAUGAUAAGGUAAAAGAAACAUAACCAUUACCAUUCCUAUACAGAUUGUAAAAAUACUUAAAGAUAUAGUCAAUGAGCUUCGAAGAUGUAAAUAGAUAAGAAAUACGUGAGUACCCUCAAAUUCAAAAUAUUAUUUUAGUGUACCCUUUAAAUAUUAAGUAAUAUAUUAUUUGUUAGAAGUAAGUUGACUACAAAUAUUGACUAAAAUCAAUGACGUUCUAUACAUAUAGACAAAUCACGUCGUAAAAAAGCCGAAAUAUGGAACAUGUCACAAUUACACCAUAAUAAGAUUCGACUGGUAUAUAUAUAUAUUAUAUACAUUGCUGCAUUUGUUUAAAAUAUUUCAAUGUUUUAAGUCAUUUUGUUAUUUUUUUUAAGUAGUACCCUCACUUCUGGGAUUAAUAACACAAAUUAAAUUUAUGACGGUGCGAGACACGAACGCACGGAACGCGAGAGUUUGCGGGUUUGAGUCCCACAUCGUUCAUAAAUUUUGUCUUUAAAUAUAAUUAUUGGUCUUGUUGGUUUAUUCUGUUCAGGUUUGAUUCGGUUCAGGUCGGUCAUGUUCGGACAUGGACAGUUGACAGACGACUAAGGUUUUGACUUUGAAAGACGACUUUUGCCGUUCCGCUAUCAGAAUGCGAAUGAUAUGUCCAUACGUAUAGAACGCCAUUGACUAAAAGCUACAAUUAUAAAUAAUUAAUGAAUGAAUGUUGCCUUGAAGUAUAGAAUGAUGCUGUAAAAGUGAGUAUUAAGACUUGAUAGAAUAAAUGUAAGAUUUCA